UUGGGAGAUUAUUAGGAGUCGCCGCUCACAACAACUUGUUUCAAUCUAAACUGUCUACUUAUGAUCGGCUACCUGCCUUGUCAGGGUCUUGUUGCACAAAAGAAUUGAAGAGCGCUGCUUUCGUACCUGUACACUGAUUAACCAUAUGGCCGCUAUGUCACGAUCUUAUGAUCAAGCUACCUGUAGACCGAACGUGGCAAAAUGAUUAGCCGCAAGGCAUUUUCAAUAGAAUUAUAGGAGAAGGACAAGUGCCAAGAAUAAAGAGAGGUGAAGCUGCUUUAUCAACAUGGAGUACAAUACAGCACUGUGUCUGCUUUCUUUAAUACUCUGCGCAAACUGUUUGCCUUUGGAAAAACGAGACGAAGUUUCUCACUGCACAAAUGUAUACAAUGAGUGCCCUGAGUGGAAAAACGCGGGAUUCUGCGAACAGAACCAAGACUAUAUGCAAGCGACAUGCCCACUAACUUGUGGAUUCUGCAAAGCUUCAGUAGAGGCUCAAGAAGAUGAAGAUCAAACCUCUGGUGAAGCAACUGAAGAAGGUUCCAGUAGUGGCUUUGAAGAAUCUUCUGGAGUAAAGAAAACAGAGAAAGGUGAAAACGACAAGGAUUCAGAAGAAAAGACCAAAAAUGAAGAAAAAGAUAAGAACAAAGACCAGAAGGAUACCAACAAAGCAGCAGAAGAGGAGCGUACUGAAAAUGCUGAGAAAUAUGAAGAUGAAGAAAAGCAGAACGACAAAGGUGUGAAACCAGUCCAACAAAGAAGUCAUGAGAAGAAAAACCUUAUGGAAACAAUGCUUGAAAAUGGUGAUCUGAAGGCUGUAUCUGUUUCGAAGGCAAAAACUAGGGGGAAAGUGCCGGUCCAUCAAAACAAGGAAGAAGAAGGCGGUGAUGACGAGGAAGAUGACGUCACGGAUGUUGAUCUUGAUUUUAAAGAGACUGGACUGGAACACUUUUCAGGAUCUGGCUCAGAAGAUGACAAAAUGCACUUGACUCUAAGACAGAAUUUUGACAAGAAAUACGAAGACAAAGGUGCACCUGCUUUCAAGAUUCUAUCAGGGAAUUUUGAAAAAGAUAUUGGUGAAGCUUUAGGAGAUGAUUCUGCUGUUACCGAUGUCAGCUUCUCAGAGGCUGAAGUCGAGGGAAAUCCACGAACAACUGGCAAAGUGAGAGUGAAUUUCAACUUUAAUGGCGACUACAAAAAGCUGCAGAAACUAGUAAGCUCAGGGAGCAUAAACGGACUUUUGGUUGUAAAGAAUUCACUUGAAGGACCAAUGCUCAACCUCGAAGAAAGCGAAUAAGUAACCCAAAGCAAAUCAUAAUUAAAAGUUUUCUCAUUUCGAAAUGCUUUUCGUGUGGUUUAGUUGCUGGUUGUAGAUGGUUAUUCUUUUGCAAA